CUGCAGCAGGAGAACAAGGUGCUCAAGAUCGAGCUGGAGACCUACAAGCUCAAGUGCAAAGCCCUGCAGGAGGAGAACCGAGACCUGCGCAAGGCCAGCGUCACCAUCCAAGCAAGGGCAGAGCAAGAAGAGGAGUUUAUCAGUAAUACUCUGUUUAAGAAGAUUCAGGCUUUGCAGAAGGAGAAGGAGACACUUGCAGUCAACUAUGAAAAGGAAGAAGAAUUUCUCACUAAUGAGCUCUCAAGGAAGCUGAUGCAGCUACAGCAUGAGAAGGCUGAACUUGAACAGCAUUUAGAACAAGAACAGGAAUUCCAAGUGAACAAAUUGAUGAAGAAAAUUAAAAAACUGGAAAAUGAUACCAUUUCAAAGCAACUAACUCUCGAGCAGCUAAGACGUGAGAAGAUUGAUCUUGAAAAUACACUAGAACAAGAACAAGAAGCACUAGUGAAUCGUCUCUGGAAGAGAAUGGAUAAACUUGAAGCAGAAAAACGAAUUUUGCAGGAGAAACUAGACCAGCCUGUGUCUGCUCCUCCAUCACCACGGGACAUAUCAAUGGAGAUAGACUCACCAGAGAAUAUGAUGCGGCAUAUCAGAUUUCUAAAGAAUGAAGUAGAAAGAUUAAAGAAGCAACUCAGAGCUGCACAAUUACAGCAUUCAGAAAAGAUGGCACAGUAUUUAGAGGAAGAACGUCACAUGAGGGAAGAGAAUUUAAGGCUCCAAAGAAAACUGCAGAGAGAGAUGGAAAGAAGAGAAGCAUUGUGCAGGCAGCUGUCAGAAAGUGAAUCAAGUUUGGAAAUGGACGAUGAGAGAUAUUUUAAUGAGAUGUCUGCACAAGGAUUAAGACCUCGCACUGUGUCCAGUCCUAUUCCAUAUACACCUUCACCAAGUUCUAGCAGGCCUAUAUCACCUGGUCUCUCGUAUGCAAGCCACACAGUUGGUUUUACUCCCCCAACUUCACUCACCAGAGCCGGCGUGUCUUAUUAUAACUCCCCAGGCCUUCAUGUGCAGCAUAUGGGACCAUCCCAUGGUAUUACAAGGCCUUCACCGCGAAGAAGCAACAGCCCUGACAAAUUCAAACGGCCCACUCCUCCUCCUUCUCCCAACACACAGACCCCGCUGCAGCCUGCUGCCCCACCACCCCCGCCCCCACCACCAGUGCAGCCUCCGGUCCAGUCGGCGACCUCCCAGUCGGCCACUUUCCAGCAUUCAGUGCAUCCUUCCUCUCAGCCUUAGUGCAUGUGCUCAGCAAAUCUGUAUUCAGAGUUGGACUCAUAACACAGAGCAGUUUACUUCAAGCCAAAGGCUUAACAAUGGUAUAUUUGGAUUUGACUUAUUUGCACUGAAGUUACUGAGGCUUCACUGUUUUUAUUGUGUUGUACCAGUUUGUCCAAGGGCCGCCUACAAUGCUAGGACAUUUCCUACAUGGAAAGCACAUCCAUAUAGGAGAUAAUCACAUACGUUACGUACAUGGUGGUUUCUGUGGCUUCUUUUCUGUUGACAUGGAAGUGCUUCCUUUGUAAGAAGUGUGCGGUAUUUGAAGUUGUUGCAAAAUGCAGCCGACGAUCUGGAUCUACAACACUAAUUUCAAAUACAAAUUUCCAUCAGUGUUUUAUUUGAAUUUAGUACAUCUGUCCUCUGGCUGGAACAUUGCUAUUUUGUUGGGUAUUACAGCAUUAUGUUUAGCUGAGGUCCCAAAGCUUUAUCUUAUCCCCCUCCUCUCUCUACCCCCGCGCCCCAGCUUUUAGGUUUGUAAAAUAAAAGGGACAUCUUUUUAUAUUUUUUUUCAUGACAAUUUGCAAAUAAAAUUACAGGUAUGGUCUGUAUAUUACGAACUCCUAGAUAUUACUGGUGUGUUUCAAGCAUAUACAGUAAAUCAGCACUACAUUUCAAUAAACAAAAAAGAUACAGCUUUUAGUGCAGAAGUGAAAGUCAGACAUCUUCAUGCCCAGGCUCAUGUUUUUUAAAUGUAUUCCUUACGUUUCACUUACAGCAGUCAAAUAUACAUGACAGAUACAUACCUUUUAUCCAGUGUGUGGUACAGUCUGAAGUACAAUGUGGGAAGCCUGACUUGUCAAAGUAUAUAGAAUGUAUUGAUCCAUGGACCUUAAGAGUUGAUUGUUUUAUUUCUUAUUCAUGUUGACCUGUAAAACUGUCCGUACUGUUGUUUUCAUCACAAUGAUCUUCUGUAAGUGUGGUUCUGCCAACAAGAUCCUUGUGGCCAAUUCAAUUGUGUUCUCCAGAUUUCUGCUGUAGAAAAGCAAUUUGUAUUAAAAACAAAAUGGCUGAUUCCCCCCC